AUGAUUGUGGACUGCAACGAGACACCUGGCGGUUUGGCAUCCACUGACGUGACCCCAGAAGGAUUUCUAUACGAUGUUGGCGGUCACGUUAUCUUUUCUCACUAUAAAUAUUUCGAUGACUGCAUUGAUGAGGCCCUUCCAAACGACAGCGAUUGGUACACUCACCAGCGCAUUUCAUAUGUCCGUUGCAAGGAGCAAUGGGUUCCCUACCCGUUCCAAAACAAUAUUUCCAUGCUUCCCAAGGAGGAUCAGGUUAGUUGUAUUGAUGGAAUGAUCGACGCCGCCUUAGAAGCUAGAGUGGCAAAUACGAAACCAAAAGACUUCGACGAUUGGAUUGUUCGCAUGAUGGGAACCGGUAUCGCGGAUCUAUUCAUGCGUCCUUAUAAUUUCAAGGUUUGGGCCGUGCCAACCACCAAGAUGCAAUGCGCCUGGCUGGGUGAACGUGUGGCUGCGCCAAAUCUCAAGGCCGUCACUACAAAUGUCAUUCUGCAAAAAACAGCUGGCAAUUGGGGCCCAAAUGCCACAUUUCGCUUCCCUGCACGUGAUGGGACUGGUGGCAUUUGGAUUGCCGUUGCAAAGACCUUGCCAAAGGAGAAAACACGUUUUGGUAAACACGGCGCCGUGACAAAAGUUGAUGCCCAGAGCAAGGUUGUCACGUUGGGCGAUGGAACUCGCGUGAAGUACCAGCGACUUGUCUCUACCAUGGCCGUGGACGCAUUGGCUGAAACAAUUGGUGAUAACGAAUUGAUCACUCUAAGCAAAGGUCUCUUCUACUCGUCUACCCAUGUUAUCGGCGUUGGCAUCCGUGGCCAGCGUCCUGAGAGAAUUGGAGAUAAAUGUUGGCUUUAUUUUCCUGAAGACAACUGCCCCUUCUACCGUGCUACCAUUUUCUCCAACUACUCCCCUUACAAUCAGCCUGACGCCUCUGUCACACUACCAACCCAACAACUUGCCGACGGCAGGAAACCUGGUAACACCAACCCUCAGAUGGGGCCUUACUGGUCGAUCAUGCUUGAAGUGUCUGAAUCGUCCCUAAAACCAGUUAACCAUGAUGCCUUGUUAGCCGAAUGUAUUCAAGGCUUAGUCAACACCUCGAUGCUCAAGCCCACGGACGAGAUCGUCUCCACAUAUCAUCGCCGCUUUGAUCAUGGUUAUCCCACUCCCACGCUUGAGCGUGAAGGUGUUCUCACAAAACUUCUCCCUCGCCUCCAAGAAAUGGGUAUCCACUCGCGAGGCCGUUUUGGUAGCUGGCGUUAUGAAGUUGGCAACCAAGAUCACUCGUUUAUGUUGGGUGUCGAAGCUGUGGACAAUAUUGUCAAUGGUGCCACGGAGCUGACCUUGAAUUAUCCUGAUUUUGUUAAUGGCAGGGCCAAUACUGAGCGUAGACUUGUCGAUGGUGCACAGGCGUUUGCAAAGACUAAGACUUUGGAAGUUAGAAACUAG